AUGUGUUCAACCGAAGACCAGGAGAAGGAAGAAAUGAAGAAGAAGCCGUACCGAGAGGCUGUUGGAUGCCUAAUUUAUGCAGCCAUCACUGUUCGCCCAGACAUAUCAUACGCAGUAGGACGAGUGUCUAGAUUCUGUGAGAUCCCAGGCAGACCCCACUGGUCAGCAGUCAAGCACAUCUUGUCAUAUCUAGCGGGAACCAAAAAUCACGGAAUAUGUUUUUCCGACGGAAAUGGCGAAAGAAACACCCUCUUAGGAUUUUGCGACUCAGAUUACGCAGGGGAGGUAGACACAAGACGCUCAACGUCAGGACUAGUCUUCAUGGCUAAUAACGGACCAAUCUCAUGGGGGAGCACACGCCAGACCUGCAUUGCCCAAUCAACAACAGAGGCUGAAUACGUAUCACUCAACGAAGCCGCAAGAGAAGCAGUUUGGUUGCGCCGCUUGAUGAAUGGAAUCAACUGUCAACAAUUACAACCCACUAAACUCUACUGCGACAACCAGAUGAGUGCCUUCCGGCUGGCAGGCAACCCGGAACUGCACAAGAAAACGAAACACAUUGAAGUAAAAUAUCAUUAUGUCAGAGAGCAGCAACAAAAGGAAGAAAUCAAGAUAGAAUAUGUCCCAACCAACCAACAAACUGUCGACUUCCUUACAGAGCCUCUGGCUGUCGUCACCUUCAGAGAGAUGAGAGAACGGCUGGGAGUGAAGGAAGCUCCAAUCACUAUUUAA